ACGAUCUUGACAGUAGAAGGACUCUAUAGAUAUAUAUAUAUACACAUGGAUAUAUUUGUUUGGUUAAGUAUAUGAGAGUUGAGACAAUACCAGAUGAAACACAGUAUGAUAUGGGAUGAUAUACUUACAUUGUGUAUAUGCUGUAACAGAUAUGUACAAAAGAUAUAUUUACAAUACAGUGAAGCGGUAGAGAGACACAGAUAGCUAGCUUCGGCCUCUAAUCUAAAGUCAGCAUCUCGUUUAUGUGCAAGCAGGCUUAUGGUUGAGGCAGGAAUCUGUGGAGGAUAUUGCAGAUGGAAGGUUGGAGUAGUGGCGCUGGUGCUCUGCGUCUUCUUCCUCUCAUCAGAUGCCAAUCGUGCGGCUGCAGCUCGCCAGAUCACCACAAGGAACAACAUGGCUGGUUCCAAUACAAUCAGGGAGGAGAUCCGCAGGAAACUUUUGGCAAAUGGCCUGGCCCUUACACCUCAAAUGGGGUGGAAUAGUUGGAACCACUUCCAUUGUAAUAUUGAUGAGAAACUGAUUAGGGAAACAGCCGACGCAAUGGUGUCAACUGGGCUUUCUUCAAUGGGAUACCAGUAUAUAAAUUUAGAUGAUUGCUGGGCUGAGCUUAAUAGAGACUCUCAGGGAAACUUGGUACCAAAAUCGUCAACAUUUCCUUCAGGAAUCAAGGCUUUAGCAGAUUACGUCCAUAGUAAAGGGCUAAAGUUUGGGAUCUACUCUGAUGCUGGAACUCAAACAUGCAGUAAAACCAUGCCUGGUUCACUGGGUCAUGAAGGACAAGAUGCAAAAACUUUUGCUUCUUGGGGAGUUGAUUACUUGAAGUACGACAACUGUUUCGAUACCGGUACAAGUCCUAAGGAAAGGUAUCCUGUAAUGAGCAAAGCUUUACUGAACUCUGCAAGGUCCAUCUUCUUUUCUCUGUGUGAAUGGGGACAAGAAGACCCCGCAACUUGGGCUCCCGGAAUUGGAAAUAGUUGGAGAACAACAGGCGAUAUUGAAGAUAACUGGAAUAGCAUGAUCUCUCGUGCGGAUGAAAACGACAAAUGGGCAUCGUAUGCAGGACCUGGAGGAUGGAAUGACCCUGAUAUGCUUGAAGUUGGGAAUGGAGGGAUGACAACAAAGGAGUACAGAGCACAUUUUAGCAUAUGGGCAUUGGCUAAGGCUCCUUUACUCAUCGGAUGUGAUAUUCGAGCAAUUGACAAUGUGACCCUCAGUUUGUUUACCAACAAAAAGGUUAUUGCAGUCAAUCAAGACAAACUUGGGAUACAAGGGAAAAAGGUUAAAAAAAAAGAGGAUUUGGAGGUUUGGGCAGGCCCUCUCAGCGGGAACAGGACAGCAGUGGUGCUGUGGAAUAGAGGCCCUUCAAAAGCUCUUGUUACUGCUUAUUGGUCGGACAUAGGCCUUAAACAAACAACUGUUGUAAAGGCAAAUGACCUUUGGACGAAUUCAGUUCAAUCUUCUGUGAAGAAGAAACUCUCAGCUGAUUUAGAAUCCCAUGAUUGUAAAAUGUAUAUUCUAACCCCUCAGUAGUAGGAGUAUACUUAGCAGCCCAAAUUACAAGAGCGUUGGCCAACCCAAAAGCGACAAUGAAAUAAAUAUUACAACUACAUUCCAGCUUUAGUAGAAAAACCAUUGGAUAUAUAUGUUUGAAUAGUACUCUUUUUUUUUUUUUUUAUUUGGUCGACUGUUUAUGUAAAUUGCAAUGGUUAAAAUCCUUGCAUUACUAAAAUUUCUCAUAUUUGUAAUAUAAUCUUAAUCAGUGUAAAUUUUUUUUUAAAAAAAAUAUCAGUAACUUUAGAACAUUAAUUUAACAAUAAAUUGAAAUUCCUGUAUUUUCAUUUUUUC